UAAAAUUCUAGACGAUCUUUGCGGAAGAUACAGUCUUCAGGAAGAUUCGGUUUAGUGUAACGAACGGUGAAAUGAAGUGCUUUUACGUAAUUUUGUUUGUGUUAUUAGUUGUUUCACCAUCAAGAACAUCUUCAGCACAAACCAAAAAGAAUGAUGUAAAAUCAUCAAAAGAAACAUCAGAUGUAUCUUCCGAAAAGCCUCCUCCAGCUAUUAUUGCUAUAGAAAUCGUAGACCCGAACGAGAACUCCACGUCUGCCAAAAACUCUAAACGUACGAUUGAUAGUGCUCUUGGAUAUGGAUACAAUACAUAUGAUACUUCCAAGCAACGUUACGAAAUAUACAAAUAUUCUCAGCACGAUAUACCGCCUUACAAAGGAAGUACAUCGACCGCAUUCAAACCGCCGUCCAAACAAUUUUCACCUGUAAACGUGCAGCAGAGCAUCCAAUACUCCCUGCCCACAAUAACACAACAUAUUCCAAAUAUGCAAAGUAUAUUAAGCCCUGGCACAACCUUAUACUCCAGUUUAAACUCUCAGGGUCACGUCGGAGGCCUCACGUCUAGUUUAUCAAAAGUGUCUGGAAUCGACGAACAAAAUGGAAGCCCUGUUCCAGUGAUUGUACUUCGUAUUUAUCCAGAUCAACUAAAAGAUUCUACUAUCCAGGCAAAUUUGCCAGAUAGUCAUCCGUUUGCCAAGUCAGUAAACUCUAUUAACAUUCAAUCUUUAUUAUCGCACUAUAUAAAAGCCCUUCGGAAUCCAACUCCAGAAACAUCAUAUGAAGGUCAAGGUCAAUAUACUUCUCAAAGAUUUAAAGGACAAUACCAUACACCAAAUGAUGGUUAUCAACAACAAUCACCUCAGUAUCAACAAUAUCAACAAGCACAUCAGUACUAUACUCAGGAAAGUUAUGACCAACCAGAAUAUCAAACUAGUCAACCUGAUAGUGGAAAUUAUCAAUACUAUCGGCAAGUAUAUCCAGAAGAAAAUCGACCAACUCAAGAGAGUUAUCAGCAAUAUAGUGCACAAGGAGUGCAAGUUCAAGAGGCACCUGCUAAAUAUCAGUUCAGGUAUGUAGCAACUAAACCCCAAAAACAAGCACCAAGUAAACCCACAGUUCAACCAACACAAGAGCCACAACAACAGUAUUACUACGUGACUCCUAGUAAUUAUCCUCAAGACUCUGCUCAAUACUACCAAUUACCCCAAGAAAGUCCAGUUUCUCAGCAGUACUAUCCUGCAGAGCAGCAACAAUACCAACCAAAUUAUGAGUCUAAUCCAGAGCAGUACUAUUCCCCUUCCCAAGCUGCGUCUAAUAACAAUGAGAAGCUUUUAACUGAGGAAAAUUAUCCUGGAGUUAAACAUACAAAAGUCAUAUUUAGGACUAAGAAUGGAGGAAUAAGAACUACGCAACAGGAUUUAGCCCAACAAAAUAAAGUAAAAACCAUAAAAAUUCAUGUUCCUAAUGACAUAGCAAAAGUAGAGGUUCAAGAAAGUGAAAAGGCAUAUCAAGGUCAGCCUGAAACGUAUUUAGAACAGCAGCCUACAGCACCAGAAACAUAUGAGCCAAGCAGUCCUAAUGCAAAUCAACAAAACAAAUACGUCUUACCGCAGCAAGAGUAUUAUACUGAAAAAGAUACCACGUCUUCCAAUGAUGAGCGGGGAUAUAAUUAUCAAAAUAUUGACUAUGAUCAGAUGAUUAGGUAUUUUCAGCAAAGGAGCGCGAUGCCCAGCUAUUUUUACCAGAAUCCUGAAGAAAAAGAUAGUAAAACGUUACCCAGUGAGGAUGUGAUUGCUGCCUAUGAAGAAGCUGCUUUUCCUUCUACCACAGGAUCACCCGAAAAAAAGAGGAAGGUUAAGGGAAAGAAGAGGACAUAACCAAUAGGAGCUAAAAUAAGUAAUUGAAUUUUAAAAAACGUGAAGAAUUUUCUGUUGUAUUUAUGUGAUGAAAAAAAAAUGAAGUGAGUACCUGUAUUAGUUAAGAUUUAAUAGAAUUUAAUACAAGAUAGUGAUGUAAUUUGUGAGAUGUUCAUUACGAGAUGAUAUAGAGAUUUAGAAAAUUUAAUAAAUUCGUGUUAAGAUAUGCAAGGUAAUAAAGUCAUUUUGCGUUAUUUAGAUUAGUUAUAUAUUUUGGAAUUUUAUGUAGUAUCACAGUGCACUACUGAAAAAGUAUCGCAUUUACUGACUAAUAAAUAUGUUUAGUGUCCCACCUUACAUCAAAAAAAUCUCUUUGUAAAGAUAUAGAAAAAGAUUUCUGGAUCUGUUAAGAAAUCCUUAAAUAUAUUUUUUAAACCGCCUUUUAAUGUGUCUUUCUUAUAUUACGCAAGAACUUGUACUACUAAUAUCGUAUAUAACUCAGGUCAAAAGGUGUGAGAUGUGACUUGGAUAAUUUGCUAUCCUUCAGGCAGCAGACUUAACACUUGUCGAAAUUCACGUUCUUUUGCUCUUCGGUGUGCAAUAUAUUACUAAUAAAACAAAUUCGAAUUUUUCAAUUGUAAAUUUAUUAUUAUAUGUUAUUAUACUUUAUGUUAGAAAAUAAUAUGAUUGUUAAUUAAAAUAAAGAUAAUAUUUUUUCAGA